AUGAAAUUUACGUUGACAAUGUAUUCAGCAAAACUAUUUAGAAAUUCCAAAGCCACCAAAACCAUCAAUACCUGCAGCAUCAAUCAAGAAAUCUUUUUAAGUUCUAAAUCAUCUGAAUCGAGUUUUGCUUCAGUUAUCAAUACAUCAACAUUGGCAUUGAUCGCUGCAGUUAUUUCAAAAACGAGUUUUGUAUAUACAGUUCGUACAAGCUAUACCAAUGAUGUUGCCUUUUUAGAUUCAAAUAAUAUUGAAGAUAGUUCCAUGUAA